CUCGGAGUCAUUUGCCAGAGGGAUCGAGUUCACGGUUUGAAAAGCAGUCUAUUCAAAAUAAACCAAUUGUUUUGUUUUAAUCAGUUUAUUCCUACUAAAAUACUUUUGAGGAGAUCAUGGCCGACCCAGGUCCAAACAAGGACAACAUCAGAGCUGGAUGCAAGAGAUGCGGAUAUCCUGGACAUCUUACGUUUGAAUGUCGGAAUUUUGUUCGUGUGGACCCGAGGAAGGACAUUGUUCUGGAUGUGAGCAGUACCAGCACUGAGGAGAGUGAAGAGGAACAGGAAGUUGUCUGUAAAGAAAAGAUCCUGAGUACCAGCCAUUCAAAAGGUUCUCGAGAGGAUUCUAAAAAGGAAAAGCGUAAAAAGAAAAGUAAGGACACAUCCCAACGAAAGUCCAAAAAGAGGUCCUAUUCAAGUGAUGAUGAGGAAGAAGUAAGCAAGAAGAAAAAGCACAAGAGUCACAAGAAGAAAGGGAAAAAGGAAAAGAAAGAGAAAGAGAAGAAACACAAGAAAAAACAUACAAAGAAAGACACAGAGUCAUCUUCCACCGACAGCUCCACUGAAGCUUCUGACACGGACUGAAACUGGCUCUUUUAUUUGACUCAUUUAUUAGAAUCUUUUACCGGACCACAUAAGCACUGCAAAGCAAGAAACUGAAGAUUUUAAACACAGAAAGCAGAAUACACAUAUAAACCACCUUCAGCUAGUGCCAUGUGGACAUAUUCUCUCAGACACCUUGAAAUUUGAAAGAAUUCUGUAACUGAACUAGGUGGCGUUGUAAAGUCUUUUGUCUUUAACUUUAAUAAAAUUGUAUUUCGUUUUUUUCACAAAACCAUGUAAGCAUGAAGAAAAGUGAUAUGCAUAUAGAAUUAAGUAUUAUGCUAGGUAAUGACAAAAGAAAAAUAGUUCUGUCAAAAUAAGGAUGAAAAAAAGCAAUCUAUUUCAGACUGUAGAAUAUUGUUUCAAGAUAAGUGGUAGGACCAAAAACAGUUCAUGUCAUUUUGCUGAUCCGAAACAUUAUUUUAUCAUUCAUGAGUCAUAUUUUUGUACAUUUUAUCAUUUGUUAUAUUUGAUCAUUUAUAUAAAAAUGUGUUGAAAACCGUC